CAACAGAGAACUGACCAUAUGUCCUUUGCCACAAUGACUGUUACUACGUAUCGCCCUCUUAUGGCCGUGUAAUUCAAAGCAGCUCUCCAUCCCCAGAGUCAUCGUAUUGCCAAAUCUCCAACCGAGUCCUGACUUUCCAAUGUCAUACAGCAGAGCUUCGACAUAUCCUUCCUCCUCUCAUCUGUCAUCAUGUCUAUCAGCGACAUCCCCCUCUUUACUACCUACAAGGAUCUCCUCGAAGAUUCAAUAAAUUCCCUGAGCGAGAUCCAUCAAGACAUCCUAAAUGAUACCCCUAUCGACAAUACAGACGUAUCCUCCCUCCUCGAAUCAAUCCGCUCCCUGCGCCCUUCCCUUGAUACAAGCGAGAGUCAAAGCCAGACCAAAGCUGCACCGCCGCACCCCCACAAUGCCAUUAUCGAGUCUGUCGCACGAGAUCUGCUAGUCACGGCUGUCGCCACAGUCGAGAUCUCGGAGCCGGCAUUUGCUUACGUGUGGAUUCUGCUUGAUAUCAUCACCAUCCUCUCCGACCAUGAAUUUUGCGAUCCUGGCCUUGGGCUAUGGUUGAUAGAGGACCUCCUGGACACGCAGACAAUUGAUGGCUGUCGCAAAGUCUUCGACUACCUUGAGUCGCGCCGAGAACGCCUUACUGCGAAGCAUUUCAAGACAAAAAGUUUGGUGGUGCUGCGAUGCUGCAACGAUCUCCUGCGACGCUUGUCUCGCGCCGAAGACACGGUCUUUUGUGGACGAGUGUUUAUCUUUCUCUUUCAAAGUUUCCCGCUAGGUGACAAGAGUUCGGUCAACUUGCGAGGGGAGUUCCAUGUGGAGAAUGUCACUACCUUCGACUCUUCGCCUCAAAAGUCUGAAGAUGCCAUCAAGCCUAUGGAUCUUGAUCCUACCUCUACCACGGCUCAGCCUGGUUCUCAAACACCUCAACACAUCCCUUCCGGCGCGCAGACACCAGUUUCGGCAUCACUGUCCCACGAUGCAGCUGAGGUCAAUGUGAAAUCUGCUACGGCUACUGCACGCGGCACACCGGUGCCCAGAGGGAUCAAGACGGACCCCAAGCAGGAAGUCCUCCCACCCCCAGACCUCGAUGCUCUUUAUCCCAGGUUUUGGACCUUGCAGUCCUUUUUCUCUGCGCCAACUCGGCUCUUCGAGCCUGCGAACAUGUCUACCUUCAAAGAUGGCAUAGAGCUCACAUUGACCACCUUCAAAUCCAUCUCCCAGACCAGUGCCCCUACCACAAACCCCACCGACAUUAAACGUGGAUUGAAGCGGAAACGCACAGAUCUGGAUCCCUCGAAUACUUCAUCGACCUUCAAUCCGAAAUACCUCACAAACCGGGAUCUCUUUGAUCUCGAGCUGCACGAUCCAUCAUUUCGUCGCCACAUUCUAGUUCAAGCUCUGAUAAUGCUCGAUUUUCUUCUUAGCCUCUCAUCUACAUCUAAGGCUAAAUCGGCCAACGACAAAUUGACCAACAAGUCGGUGUUGUAUGGAUUUACCUUGGCGGAAGAGGACGCCAAAUGGGCAGUAUCGACACGCAGUAGCAUUGCAUUGUACCUUCAACAAAGUGGUGGGUCAGGCAAUGAAGGCAAGUUCUACUAUCGGAUGGUUGACAUGGUUCUGUCGCGAGACAAGAAUUGGGUCAGAUGGAAGGCCGAGAGCUGUCCGACUAUCUCACAGGAAGGGGUUUCAGCCCAGGAGUACGUUCAAGCGAGGGACCAUUUGUCGUCACAGGCAGAGAAGUCCAAGGCGGCGUUGACAGCACCGCCAGGCAGUGCUGAUCUCGCAUUCUUGUCCAAGCAUGAACCGUUAGAAGCACUGAAACAUCCGAGCAAACGACGGAAGUUGCCCACGCUAGACGAUUACUACAAAGGAAUUCAGACCGACGAAUUGGAUUUGGAUUUCGCCAUGGACGACGACGAGAAGAAUGAGAUUGAGGAGAGAAAGGCAGGCAAGGUAUGGAGAGCUCUGCGAGCCAGUGGCAGGCGUUUUGUACUCUGUGAAAAGAUCCAAUACGGGACCAAACUUGACGCUCUCGUAAAGCCAGACGUUGAAGACGAGGCCGCGGCGGUGACAGAGCCCAAGAACGAAGAUGUGGACGCUCAAUCAUCUGCGGAAGCUGAGCAAAAGCAAACAAACGGGAAUCACGACGAAAUGGAAACAGCCAACUCCAUCACAGGCAAAGCUGCCGCGGCUGAUAUGGAUGUGGAUGUCAAAGACGAACUUGAAACCGAAUCCAAAGACGAGGCAGAUGCUCUCAAUAUGUCUACCAAAGAUGAAGAGGGCGGUGGAGAACCACAACAAGAUAAUGUGCAGGAUAACGACUCCAAGGGUGUAACAGACGUUGACGCAGAGAUGGUGGAUGUGCCCGCUAAUUUGGAGGAAGAUGGGGAUGGCAAUGUGAGAUCCGAGAAUACAGGGCGAGAGGGCUCGCACGAAUCUGGUGAAGCUGAGGGGUGAUGAUAUAAAAGUGUAGUAACCAUGAUUCCAAUCGCAGAGACAUAGACUCGAUACCCAGACACGUGAU